AUGGAGGGCCGCUUCUCCUUUCAGCUGCCCAUUGGCCCAGAGGGCUCGGCAGCCAUGCCCUCGCGCUUGGCGAUGGAGAUCCAGGGGAAGCUAAUGGAAGGCGAAGUGGUGAACCGCUCGAAGGCUCAGAAGGUCUACCGGGAGAUCCUGCACGAAGCGCGUGACCCUGCACUGCUGGAGCAGAGCCAAGGAAAUAUCUUUACCGCUCGGGUCUUUCCCAUCGAUCCCCAUGCAGUUGUCAGAUUGAUCCUUUCCUAUACGAUCACCAUCCCCAUGCGCAACUGGCAUCGAACUCUGACGAUUCCGCUCGCUGGCUUGCCCGAAAUCCACAACUUCUCCUUCGCAGCCAGCGUGCGCGGCUUCAAUGGAGGCUUCAGUGCCAACUGCACCGUGGAUGGUGCCCCGCUCCUGAGCACCGUCACGGAGAACGAAGCGAUGCACUUCGCCACGGAGCGCGAGCACUACGUCGCGCAGAGCGACGUGCAGAUCGAUCUGUGGGAGCCGUUGGCGGUGUCCAAGAGCUUCUCAGUGGAUGGAGGGCAGAUGGUCUCGAGCUUCGUGAUUGAUGAGUCCAAUACCUCCAGCCGGGCCUUUUCACCGGAUUCGUGGAUAGUCUACGUGGACACCUCGGCAUCCACAGCGGAUUCGGUGUUGGUGCGGCUGCCCUUGAUCCAAGCCUUCUUGGAGGUGAAGGAGAUCCGGCCGCGGAGCCCAAAGGAUGGAUCCAUCGGCUUCAGUGUCCGGAGCUCUUUGGAGGAGAGUGAGACCCUCGGCAUUCUGAUCCUCAGUGAUUGCAUUGCUACGGCAAAUGAGAGAGCGGCCGCGCGUCUCGGGCAGCUUCUGACUCCGGUGCAGCGGCGCAUCGUUCAGCUGGGCGUCUUGGGCACCAAGUUCGACAGCGCUUUGGGCGCCGCCGUGGCCUCCGCCGGCCACGGCCGUGUAUCGUUCAUCUCCCCCCUGACCUCCAAAGACCUUCCUUCGGUGGUCUCUGCCGCCUGGAAUGAAAUCCAGAAGCCCUUGGGCCUCCAUGGCCGUGUCACGGCUGAUUCUUCAGGGUCGUGGCAGUGGCCCCAAAGCGCCUUCGAUCUACAUGACGGGGAUGAGCUGGUGGUCUUCAGUGGAGGUGGUACAGGCAUCACCCUCCAUGCUCCCACGCUUGCGCUGGGUGCCCGCGUGGAGAAUGCGGGCGCGGUGUCAGCGGCUGCGGCCGCGUUCAGCUCAUUGCUAACACGUGAGGCCUCACGCGCACGUUUGGAGCUCUUAGAGGCGGAGAGGCAGCUAGCGAGCAGCAAAGCAAAGGCAAAGGAGAUCGAAGAUCAGUUGGUGCGUCUCUCAGAAGAAAGCCGCGUGAUGACACCACACACGGCCUUGUUGGUCUUGGAGACGGAUGCGGACUAUGUGCGCUUCGGCAUCCCCCAGGAUCGUCUCUCGCCCAUCCUCCGUGUGACGUCCAAUGGUGUGGAAUUGCAGAGCCGCGAGGCCAUCCAAACGGCGCUUCCGCCGUUGCCGGUUCCUUUGAGGACUCCACAGGAGCUUGAAGGAGAGGACCUGGAGCUCUUCUGGAAUUUCUCAAACAGCUCCGAGUGCGCGGCGGAUCAAAGCGAAUGCCAAAUGGAGAAAGAGGAGACCGGGCGGGUCCUGUUCACCUGGCUGCUCUUGCUGGUGACGUCCUUCGCUGCUUGGUCAGACCCGGAAAAGGAUGCGGACGAGGUGCUGGCAGAGCAUCAGGAACCUCCCAAGGAGCGCUUGAGGGACACUGCAGCCGCUUGGUUUCUUGUUGAACGAUUGCUCGGGCAAGGAAACUACUGCGCCUCGUGGAUCACCUGGGAUCCCAGCAACGACUUGGCCUUUGAAUAUCUGAGUAAGGCAGCCAUGCUACUGGGCGAAGUGGCCCCCCGCAGCUCCGAGCAGCUGCUGCGCGGCGCCUGGUUGAGCCUCUCGCUGGGCGACACCUCCGCGCUCGCGUGGGCUCGGCGCUUCGGGCUGCGCUCGCUCGAGGAACGCGAGGACAAUGCCAACACGUAUCGUGCUUUGGCAAUGGCCUACUGGCAGGACGUUCAGCUUGAGCAAGACUUCAAGUCAGCGGCUCAGACCUAUGAGAGGGCCUUGGGCAUCGGGUUCCACAGCCGCUAUGGCGAUGUGAAGCGCGUGCUGCGGGAGGAGGCGGCACUGAUGCUGCGGAGCCUUCGUGCCAUGGGCGACGAUGUGGACCUUCACCGCAACCUGGACCUGUUUGACCACCUUCACUUGCUGUGGUCCUUGGGGAGAGAUGUGCAGAACCCUGUGAAGAUUGUGGAGAAUAUCCGCUUGGAUGCGCCAUGCAGUGCCUCCGCUGCGCUGGCGCUCGCCUCCACCUACGCCCUGCGCUACGGCAGCUCGGCCGCCCGUGCCGCAGUGCUGCGCGAGGCGCGCCAAGCCGCCAAAGCCAGGGCGGCGCCCAAAGGGCAUGGAUGUUGCGCGGAGAGUUUGGAGCUGCAGCUCCCGGAGCUGCCCAGUGCUGGGCUGAAGGUGAAGUGGCCGGCGAAGUUGUCGGUGAAGCGUGGGGAGGUCAUCGAGAUCUUGGUGGUCAACGACACCGGAUCCAAAGCGGGAUCGCUCAACGGAUCCAAUGUGCUCGUGUGGCUGGUCUCCGACAGCGUAGCCCACGGCAGUUGCAAGUCACACCAGCAGCGCCGCAGCCACUACCACGACUCCAAGCCACCUCCCUUGUGGCUCGUGAUUGUAGGGAACUCAGUGAUGAGAGGAACCCUGCAAGCCUUGGUGGACCAACUGGUGCCUGAAGCCUGGCAAAGCUUCGUGGGUGUUCAGAACGUGCCGGGCUUGGGGACCAACGUCAAAUGUUGGGGAUGGUUAGACUUCCAAGUUGGCAACUUGCGUCUCUCAUUUCAAGACUAUCGCAUUUGGCUUUACCCGGAGGAAAUCAAGCUUGUGGCCUUUGAACGCUUGAAGCGCCUGAUUUGGGAAGGGCCUGAUCUCUUGGUUAUCCAGCACGAUGGGCCUGACGUGACCCACGGCCAACCACCCUUCGUGUAUCAGCCUUUACUCGCUUCUGCGCUACCGGCAUAUUUCAAGAAGAAGAAGACAAGGAAAAUCAUUUUUGCGCUCCCGAAACUCUCCCCCUUCAUUCUCCCGCUGUGCAACCCUCAAUGCUCUGACCGACAACGGCCGCAGAUCUGGAAUCAAAGCAUUGAAGAGCUCUUGGCGAAGCUUCCACAAGAUUUGAGGAGCUCGGCGAUGGGCCGGGUCCUGGCGGUGGACGAGGCCUUCGUUUGCACGCCGCUCUUUCUGGAUGGCGAGACCGAUAUUGCGCAGCGUCUUGCCUCCAUGCACUGGCACCGCUACGAUCGCAGCGCGGGCCCUGGGCGCAAGGUCUUCGGCGCGGCAGCGGACGCCACGGGGCACUGGUACCUCACCGAGCUAUUGACCAUGGCAGGGCCACGUAGCGCAGGAAGUGUCACAGGUGUCGGGAAUCUGAGCGCCAAAGCUUGGAUCACUCUGUGGAUUGCCCUCUCGUGGCUCACGGAUGCAAAUGAUGUGGACCUUCACGUCAUUGAUCCCAAUGGAGAGGACGGGAAUGCUAUUACGGCCACAGAGAGACCGCCCUGGGCCUCCGUUUGUACAGCGAUCAAACGCAAGGGCUUGGCCCCGAAGUGGUCUCGUUGUCGGCUCAACGUCCUGGGACAUAUCGGGCGCCUCGGCUUUGUGGUGCAGCAAGCCAUUACAAUAGACGAAUUUGUCGGGGUGAAAUACUUCAGUUCGGGCGCCAUGGGUGCCUCGCGCGGGACUGUGCUGAUCCGCCAGAUGAAGGAGCCCAUCGUUGAAGUCUUCACCCUGCCUGCCGGCUACUCGGAGGCGGGCGAGGUUCGACGACGGAUCCACCGUGGAGUGCAUCCGUCGAAAGACAGCAUCAGCGGCAGGUGGACGAGCCGUUCGGGUGGCCGAUGUGCCUUGAACAUCGACGACAGCGAGGGCUUCCUGUGGCUCCUGAGACCCUUGGAGAGGGCUUCAGACCGUUGGAUGGACCGAGCAGAGGUAUCUGACCGAGCACAGGUGCUAGAGGCUGCAAAAGGAGUCUCAUAG